AUGACCUUUAAGAUCUUAAUGUUCAUCAGUUUAGAUAAAUCGAUAGUCACCGGGGCGACCCAUCACUUCAAAAAAACGUACCAAGUCAAUAUUAGCCCCAACAUGUUCUUCAAAUCACCUCUCGAUAUUGAAAUUCACUUUGAUGGCGAGGAUUCAAGGAAAGUGGUUGAAAUUAAUAACAACAAUGCCAGUUCCAAUGCCAAGUCUUUGAAAGACCAAUAUCCACUUUACGAAAACGGUGAAAGUCUUAGUGGAUUGGUAACAUUAAGAGUGAAAGAGGGUAAGAAAGUCGAUCAUCUUGGUGUCAAGGUCAAUUUGAUAGGUAGUGUUGAUAUUGCGAAAUCGAAUUCCGAAUACAAGAAAUCCACAGUGGACACGUUCUUAUGUCUGAGUGCAGACUUGUGUCCCCAAGGAGAGCUCAUGCACUCUCAGACGUUCCAAUUCAGCUUCAAAGAUGUGGAAAAACGAUACGAGUCCUACCGGGGUCGUAAUGUGGACAUUUCUUAUUACGUGAAAGUUACGGUGCUUAGGAAGUCCACCGAUAUUGUUAAGAUUAAAAAGUUCUGGUGUUACCUUUACAAAACGAUUCCCACUUCGGGCCCCAGUGGACAAAAUGAAGAUGCGAAACCUGUCAAACUUGAUAUAGGGAUCGAAAACUGUUUACAUAUCGAGUUUGAAUUCUCAAAGUCUCAGUAUAGCAUAAAAGACGUGAUUGUGGGCAGGAUAUAUUUUCUACUGACGCGCUUGAAAGUCAAACAUAUGGAACUGAGUCUCAUUACCAGGGAAACCUGUGGACUUGAACCUAACCAACUUUCGGACUCGACCUCGAUACGGUACGAAAUUAUGGACGGGUCUCCGGUAAAGGGUGAAACAAUACCGAUCCGAUUAUUCUUGGGUGGCUACGAUCUGGUGCCAAACACGUCUUGCAAUUAUUUCAAUAUUAAGAAUUAUCUAAGCCUUGUCAUUAUCGAUGAAGAUGGCAGAAGAUAUUUCAAGCAAACAGAGAUAUUUUUGUACCGGACAAGAGACUGA